UGUGUGGGCAGUCGGCGGGAGGUGCGGAGGACGAGGGUGAGUCUCAGGCCGGCUGGAUCGAGGGAGCAGCUAUCUUGUUCUCCGUGAUCAUCGUGGUGCUGGUGACUGCCUUCAAUGACUGGAGCAAGGAGAAGCAAUUCCGGGGCCUCCAGAGCCGCAUUGAGCAGGAGCAGAAGUUCACAGUGAUCCGCAAGGGGCAGGUGAUUCAGAUCCCAGUGGCCGAGAUCGUGGUGGGAGACAUCGCGCAGAUCAAGUACGGUGAUCUCUUGCCAGCGGAUGGGAUCCUGAUCCAGGGUAAUGACCUGAAAAUAGAUGAGAGCUCACUGACUGGGGAGUCAGACCAAGUCAAGAAAUCGAUGGAUAAAGACCCCAUGCUGCUGUCAGGUACCCACGUGAUGGAGGGCUCUGGCAGGAUGUUGGUGACUGCUGUGGGCAUCAACUCCCAGACAGGAAUCAUCUUCACUCUCUUGGGUGCGGGAGAAGGAGAUGAGGAGAAGAAGGUGAAGAAAGGUAAAAAAGGUGGAGCCCCCGAAAAUCGCAACAAAGCUAAAACUCAGGAUGGUGUGGCCUUAGAGAUCCAGCCCCUGAAGAGCCAGGAAGGGGUGGAGAAUGAGGAGAAGGAGAAGAAGAAGGUGAAAGUGCCCAAGAAGGAGAAGUCCGUGCUGCAGGGGAAGCUCACGCGCCUGGCAGUGCAGAUCGGGAAGGCAGGGCUGAUCAUGUCAGCCAUCACCGUCAUCAUCUUGGUGCUGUACUUCGUGAUCGACACGUUCGGGGUGCAGGGGCGGCCGUGGCUGGCAGAGUGCACCCCCAUCUACAUCCAGUACUUCGUCAAGUUCUUCAUCAUCGGCGUCACCGUGCUGGUGGUGGCCGUGCCCGAGGGGCUCCCGCUGGCCGUCACCAUCUCGUUGUGCUGCCUCUUGCAGAAAAUGAUGAAGGACAACAACCUCGUGAGGCACUUGGAUGCGUGUGAGACCAUGGGCAACGCCACCGCCAUCUGCUCGGACAAGACGGGCACGCUGACCAUGAACCGCAUGACCGUGGUGCAGGCCUACCUGGGGGACACCCACUACCGCCAGAUCCCCGACCCCGAAGCCAUCCUGCCCAAAAUCCUGGACCUCAUCGUGCAUGGGGUUGCCAUCAACUCAGCCUAUACCUCCAAGAUCCUGCCUCCCGAGAAGGAAGGAGGACUGCCCCGCCAGGUGGGCAACAAGACAGAGUGUGCCCUGCUGGGCUUCGUGCUGGACCUGAAACAGGACUACCAGGCUGUGCGCAACGAGGUGCCGGAGGAGAAGCUCUACAAGGUCUACACCUUCAACUCGGUGCGCAAGUCCAUGAGCACAGUGCUGAAGAACAGCGGCGGCGGCUUCCGCAUGUACAGCAAGGGAGCGUCCGAGAUCAUCCUGCGCAAGUAA